ACUCGUCUUGACUCGCUAGACGCCGGCACCUAUAUAAACUCCGAUCUAGUUUUGCACACGCCACAUCGUGUGGAACUGAGACAAGCGUCGUGCAGUAGGAGUGUCGAUAGGGUCACAUUCGUACAUAUUUCUGGAUAUAAUUCUCCUGAUUUGAUUAAACAGAAUAUAAAGCUUUAUAGUCCAAAUUUUGCCCAAAUCUUCAAGAUGUUCGCAGAUGCAGUGAGAAAGCGGUCAAUGCGUCGGCUGAUGUUCGACCAGGAGGAGCUCAACCAAAACCCUGUUGAGAAUGUUUCAGCAGCCCCGCUAGAUGAAGACAUGUUCGAGUGGCACUGCAACAUUAAACAGGACGACAUUAUCUAUCACCUGCUCCUUUUCUUCCCUAAAAACUACCCCUACGACUCCCCAAGUGCUGAGUUUGUGCCUUCAGGCUUCCAGUACAACAGUGGAGCAACCAAACCAGGCAAACGCGGCACAAAGAUCUGUCUGAACAUUUUCAGUGACUUUGCUGACAUUCAUACCGAAUGGGCAGAUCAGAAGGCAUUGGGCUGGUCCCCUGGAUAUACCAUUCAGACCGUUCUGAUGAACGUCAUCUCCUUUCUGGCGGAGACGCAGCAAUCGACCUGGGCCUGGAUGAAAGAUGCGAACGACAACAACCUCAAACUGUCCAAGAGCUUCAGCUGUAAAGAAUGCGGCCACACCUACAAGAAGCCCUAUCCUUCAUUAGAAACGAAACCAGCUGCCAAAGCACCAAAGGUCAAAGAUGAUGGAAAACCGGAAAUUAUCGACUACAUCUCUAAGGAUCGAUUUAAAGUUGCAAAGCCCAAAUCUCGGGAUGAUUUGUACGGUUAUGGCUUGGUUGUGUCGGGACCCCCCAGCAGACCCUCCCUGACAACGCCCUGCGAGUUCCUGACGGGGGAGUCCUACUACGGGAUGCACAAGUCCAUGGGCAAGGUCCAGAGUGUGAUGAAGGAAGACCUGAAGUACUUCCUCCCACUCUACAUCCACCCGUUGCAUGGCAACGAGAUCCAGCCCACGUUUGAAGCCACGAUGAAGGAGCUGGCCCAACUGUUGCCGAGCUGCAAGAGGAAGACCGUUGCCGAGAUGGUUCUCAAGGUCAUCCCCAACCUCAUGAGCGCCACCGUCGUGGAAUUCUCCAAAGGAACCCAACACACAAGUGAGAACAGUCUCAAUGGUUACUUUGCUCUACAUCGACUGCUCCUGUGGGCGAUGGAGAUAUACACUGAACUGCAGGACAUCGUAGAGGAGAGGCUGAAGAAAUUCAUCGAUUCGGAGGAUAAUCGAACAAAGAAAGCCUGUCCUCAUAUCGGUGAAUGGCUGCUUCUGCUGACGGCCUCCAGCAAGUACAGGUGGCAGGAGGCAGCCAACGCCUAUCUCUCCGAGUCGUUCAAGCGGAACGUGAUGUGGUACGUGAAGGAUGACGAGAAGCUGGGGUACGUGGACACCGACAUGGACUACCGCCUGACCAACACCCUCACGCGCACUGCGGUCAGCAGGAAACUACUCGCCUUCCAGGUGUUGUUCCUGGAUAUUGCAAUGCCUGCUGGGAAAUCCCGGAAGGACCUCCUGAAACGCUAUGAUGACAACCAGGGAUUUCCCUCGCCAGAGAUGGUGAAGCAGAUGAAGGCAGCUGUGAAACAGAUCGUUGACUUGAAGACUUACGAUGACUGGUACAAGCUUCUGAAGCUGAAGCCCCCAACAAAGAAGGAACUGUUCGACCGACUUGUCAAGGCUGUCAAGUUCUCCAUCCAAACCGAUGGCUACAAGUGGACAUUUUGGAAGUCUGCAGGAGGUUGGAACCAGGUCCUCAAGCGUUAUCCUGGUGGAAAGAUUCCAGGGGAACCAGAUCCUCCUAAGAAAGAACCAAAAGGAAAAGGAAAGAAGGUAGAAGAGGAGGAAGUGAAGAAACCAAAGGGGAAGGGGAAGGGGCCAGCUCGGGGGAAGGCAGCAGCAGCUGAAGAAGAAGAGGAAGAGGAGGAAGUGAAGAAACCGAAGGGAAAGGGGAAGGGGCCAGCUCGGGGGAAGGCAGCAGCAGCUGAAGAAGAAGAGGAAGAGGAGGAAGUGAAGAAACCGAAGGGGCGAGGCAAGGGUAAAGGUGCGGCUAGAGGGAAGGCUGCAGCAGUUGUUGAAGAAGAAGAAGAGGAAGAGGAGGAAGUGAAGAAACCAAAGGGGCGAGGCAAGGGUAAAGGUGCGGCUAGAGGGAAGGCUGCAGCAGUUGUUGAAGAAGAAGAAGAGGAAGAGGAGGAGGAGGAGGAAGUGAAGAAACCGAAGGGGCGAGGCAAGGGUAAAGGUGCGGCUAGAGGGAAGGCUGCAGCAGUUGUUGAAGAAGAAGAAGAGGAGGAGGAGGAGGAAGUGAAGAAACCGAGGGGGAAGGGGAAAGGUCCUGCGAAGGGGAAGGCAGUCGUCAAGGGGAAGAAGGGGGAAAAAGUGGAGGAGUCGGAGGAGGAGGAUAUGGAAGUGGUGAAGCCGACCAGAGGACGAGCGAGAGGGGUCAAGAGGACAGCUGAGGAGGCGAAGGUCGGGGGGAGAGGAAGAGGGGGGGCAAAGAAGAGGCGAUAGUCUUGAUGGAGGAACAACUUGCAGGGGAAUCGAGCAAGAGAAGAGGAUGGAUCAAGUGUGCUGUUUUUAUUUGAUCGUAGUACUGUCAUCUACGACAUAUUAAGUACUGUGUGAAUGUUUUGUGCUGAAUAUCAGUUGAAGGAAAGGCAUUGAAAACAUGAGCUGAAGCUCUGUACGGAAGCUUUAAAGGGUUGUCAUGAACUCUGAGAUCUCUGUACAGAAGUGUCAGGAACAGUCAAUUUCUGUGUGAUAAAGUGUGAAAGAGGAUUGCAUCAAGAAUAUUUAGAUAUCGACUUCACAUGUUUUGUAUUGUUUCGCACAAUAUUCAUGACAUUCAUCUUAUCAAGAAAAGGGCGAUCAACGCUUGUCUUAACAGUAGAUAAAUGUACAUCUGUCUGUAACUUGUGAGGUGAUUCACAGCAAGAUAUUGGGUAUCAACUGAACCACUGCCAUGUAUCAUAGGGGCCUUACCUUCACGUUGGAGAAUAAGAUUUCAACACAUCAAAUCAAACAAGAGAUUGCUCAACAAAAAUGAUUCUUUCAUUCUUAAUAUCCUGAAUUCAACUUGUCCCUUGUAACUCGGUUAGUAUCUCAUUUUAUCAUCCAAACUGGCUCCCACAGGAGAUAUGGCUUGGGUGCGAUGAAGCAAUAUCUUAAUUGUAGAUAUCGCUGCAAUGAAAUUGCAUCACAGUACUUUGUAGACCAUUGUGAGGUCAUUAGUUACCAUGACAUACAAUCAAAUGACAUCACUAAUGGCUCUGCUACUGAAGCUGUUGGCAGUACUUUUUACACUUAAGACACUGCUUAUUACUGUCUACAAACUGAAAAAGUUGAAAGAAUCGGCAAGCCUCGGAGUUUUUUCACUUUUAUCAACUCUUGAUGAUAUAUUUGAUAUCAAAAGACACUCGGGUGAGAUUCUCUAUCAAUACCAUCCAGUAACUCCGUCUCCAAAGUUCUGUGGAAAUAUCACCACGACAAAGUUCGGGAAUGCUGAAGGGUUUGGAAAAGACAUUAAUAUAAUGCCAAGUUUUCUAUUAUUUUACAAUUGAGGACAAUGUAUUUUUUCCCUAGGUGUAAACAAGGAACUAUUUCUUUGGACCCAUCAAAAAAUUUAUUCAUUCUCACUAUUAACACAAAUGUUUUUUACGUAAAAACUUGGGUAUUUGCCACAAUACAAACUAUUAAUCUUUUUUACCACUGUCGACAAACUAUUCAAUUUGGGCAUAAUUUUAACUAACUUUUCAUUUAAAACAUCUUCUUCAUCACCCCCCAAAUCAAAUGGAUGCUCCCUAGGAGACGAUACUGAAUGAUGCAUAAUAAUUGUCAGUCCAUAUUAUCAUUUUGUUUAGUUUUCCGCAUUCAUCAUUACCAUUUUUAAGAAAUAAAAUGUAAAACAUUAA